GAUUAUAAUUUAUGAUUGAUAAUUAGGUCCUUUUUCUGUUUAUUGUACCGGUUGAGUUGGUUUAAGUUCUGUGAAAAUAGCACCAGAAAUUAUGAACGGGUGCGUAACAGUAAACCCAAACAUAGAUGAGGCCUCCCUACAAGAGGACGAGAAGGAUACAAAGACCGAACAGGCAUAUCUCAAACAGAAUAAUAACAGCACACUAGAAGCAAACAAAAUGGAUGUAAUGUCUGGUAAUGAUAAGGGAGCUGCUCAGCCAAAAGAUAGAUACAACUUUUAUUUCAUCUCCUUUAUGGUUCUUGGUGCAGGGUUCCACUUGCCAUACAACAGUUUUGUAGCAGCGGUGGAUUACUUUGAAGAAGCUUACAAACGGAAGGAUAUGGGAUUUCUGGUUUCCUCAACAAAUUCCUAUAUGGUGUGUGCGUCUGUAAUUCUCAACGUAGUACUCGUUAACAAGAUUAAGAUGCACGCGCGGAUCACAUUCGGUUACGUGGCUUUCAUGAUAUCUCUAGGAGGUAUGGCUGUGCUGGUUGCUCUUACUAAGUUUGGAGUGGUUGGUCACGAUUUUGGGCUCUAUUUUACGAUUGUUGCAACUAUUUUUACUGGCAUAGGAUGUGGAGUUCAGGAGGCGAGUUACUACGGUUACUCCGGAAUGUUACCGAGCAAGUAUACCCGAGCAGUGAUGUUGGGUGAAGCCUUCUCGGGUCUUCUAGUGUCCAUAAACAGGAUUAUCACCAAGCUUACCAUUGAAAACAACCUUACUAAUACUAUCAUCUUCUUUUCUUUAUCGAUCAUAGGUGAAGUGGCCUGCAUAUUCCUACACCGAUACAUCAAGGAAAGCACCUUUGUUCGUUUUUACGAAGCCCAGGAGCAGGCAGUUAACUUGCAGUCAGUCACAGCCACCUCUUUCACACCACUCAUCGUGAAAGAUGACCAAUCCGCUUGGUCUUCAUUCAAAGAGGGAAUGAGGCUGAGGAUGACAGUGAGCAGGAAGAUCUGGAAGCUAAUGAUAGGAAUACUGAACGUCUACCUGGUCACUAAUCUCCUGUACCCGGGUGUAGCUAGUAUUAUCAAGACUUCCUGGCCUAACGGAUGGUUAUCUGUCGCACUUGUCUUCGCUUUCAAUGCCUGGGACUUCGGGGGCACGAUAGCAACAGGUUUAUCCUACAAGAUGCCGGACAAUAUCCUCCUCCUGACAGGAGCUCUGAGAUGGCUCCUGGUUCCUGUCCUGCUCAUGUGCGUCCUCCCUGCAAACCCCAUAAUCCCCGGGGAGGGGGUCCCUAUAAUAGUCAUGUCCGUUCUGGGGUUUACUACGGGUUACAUGGGAUCCACUCCCAUGUGUGCGGCUAGCAGCCAGGUGGACCUUGAGGAGCGGGAAAUGGCAGGGAAUCUGAUGACAAUGUGCAUGUUAUUGGGACUGACUCUUGGCUCCACAUCUGCCAUGGUGCUGAACACAAUUCUUGGAAUCGAUAAUGUGUAA